AUGUUUCUGAUACUACUGUUGUGUUUGUUGGUACCGUUGAGUUUGGCUUCUGGCAUUGAUUGUAGCCGUGUGCCUCCAUCACUAUGGUGUCUGAAUCCUGAACUGUCAAAAGAAUGUAACGUUGAAGAACAGUGUAAGAGCUAUCUCUCCAAGAGCAAAGGCCAGAAGGUACAAUUGACUCUACUGUUUGAGGCAUUGUGUCCCGACUGCGAAGAGUUUAUUACUGGCACAUUUUACCACGAUAUCUACCUUAAACAUGGUGAUAAGAUAGAUAUUGAGCUAGUGCCUUAUGGAAACGCGAGAAUUGACGAGGUUAGUAUAUAAAUGCUUGAUCUUCUGAUAUUUUUAAUAAUGAUUGUUAGGUAAUAUUUUUUAUUUAAAUUAAGGUUUAAUUCAGCUAAUUUUAGCAAGGAAAUGUUGUUUGCCAGCACGGUAAGGAUGAAUGCAGAGGUAACAAGUACGAAGCAUGUGUCAUCCAUUACAUGCCAGAACCUCUACCUUUCAUUAGAUGCAUCGAACUACAACUACCUAAAGUUGACAUUGAAAAGGCUGUCCAGAAAUGCUACAACACUUUCAAGACUGCUGCCCACGUUGUCGAUCAAGUAACGUAAGUCAUCGUUCAAAAGCUGUUAUGAUUAUUAUGUUUUAAACUUAAAACUAUGAAGUGGCUUGUGUUUUUACUACUUGUAUACUAUUACUAGUGGAAUGUGUUCCAUUUUCAGACACUGUUUCAACGGUAAAGUUGGUGACAAACUGAUCCAAGCCCACGCCGAGCGCACCAAGAAUAUCUUCCCGGAGAAACAUACUGGUGUUCCAUGGGUACUGUUCAACAAUGUCAGUCUAAAUAGUGCUCAAAAAUUUGCCUACACUUUUGACUACGCCAUUGACGAUUGGUACGUUGGACAGAACGCUGAAUCUCUUUGGAAUUCCGAUCUAUCUCAAAUUAAAAUGUGCCGUAACAACAACUACAACUUAUAA